CCGUCGUGCACGGAGUGUAUAUUCUUACACUCCUGUAUGAGGACCUGUCGUAGUUAGUUACAUUUUUGUUUCAAGAGACGGAAUAUUUCGUACUUUCCCUUGGAAAACGUUAUUUUCUGUAUACAUUCUUUGAUAUGCCACGAAUCGUGCCUUGUCAGUCUUUACCUUUCUCUGGUUUUCCCGCAAGAAUCAGAGAUUGCGGGCAGACUAGGGUCAUGAGUACCGUCAUUAAGACGGUGUUGCUCCUAGCACCUGCUUAUGUGUACCUCUACAUAAAUGCCGUCUACAGUCUGAAGUCAUCACACCUCCACUAUAGGGAGCCGCUUACCGAUUUGGUAUCACAGAUGCAGGAAACCUCAACGGCAGUACAGAACUCUACCAAUGGGGGUCAUCCAUCAACAAGUGUGUACAGGGCUCUUGAGAUUGACCACACAAAGGCGUCUCACUCGCUGUGGUCCGAAGAUGCCCAAUGCUCAAAAUUCUUGGUGAACUUCGGUAAGAAUAUCGAAGGGACGCUACUGCUCUCCUUCCCUCGUUCAGGCAACACUUGGACUCGCUACCUACUUGAGGGAGCUACUGGCAUCUUUACGAGCUCCGUCUUUAAUGAUCCUUCCCUCACUAAGGCAGGUUUUCUAGGAGAAGUAUCAUCGCUGAGUCACAACAAUACCAUCGUCACCAAAUAUCAUUUUCUUCAGAAAAACCACCACGCCACUGAUCCUUGUAUCCUUCUCAUCCGGAACCCCAUCAGGGCAAUCGCGUCGUUAUGGGCUUUCAAAAUAGUUACUUCCUGGGAUGUGAAACACGUCGCUGUGAUCGAUAACUCCAGAUACAACACUUCAGAAUUUCGAAAUUUUUAUCAGAAUAUGCUAAAUCGUUGGAUGGAUGUGAUCCGUAAUGCCUUAGAGAACUCCCGCUUGCGUCUCCUCCCAAUGUACUAUGAGCAGUUGCGGGAAGAUCCAAUCAAAGAGGUCCGCCGCAUGCUGAAUUUCCUGCGGCUGAAACCCAAUGAGGAGCGGCUGGUGUGUGUGGCUCGACACAUCACAGGGAAGAUGAAGGGCGGCCAGAAGAAAUUCAACCCUUACACCAAGAAUGAGAUGAACCAGGCCCAAGAAGCUGUCAAAAUCGUCAAUAAUCUGUUGGUCAAAAGAGGAUUGCCUCCUCUCCCUGACUAUUCUAAAUACGAAAACUAGUGGGUGGAUGAGAACACAGCUCUCACCAUUUGCAUCAUCUAGAUUCUAGCUUUUGUAAACACAAGACUGUGUGAAAGUUCCUUUUGUAAGAAUGCCUUUGUUACAGUAGGAUAGUUGCUGGCCUCGCUCAGUUGUGUGCUGACCUCACUAGAGGAAAGGGUACGGCCGAUUUAGCUCCGGGAGAUUAACUGACAGUGUUAGUUGUGAGCAACUUUUUGUCUUCUUGAAGGCUGAGAUUGCAUGGGGGGGGGGGCAAAUAAAAUUCAAAGGUAUUUUUUUCCAAAUGUAUCAAACUUCCUUGAGAACCGAUCCAUAACAGUUAUUGUCGAGGGAUCGACCCCUUGCUCGUUCUCUACCAAUAGUGGUGUUCCACAGGGUUCUAUUCUUUCAACUACUCUCUUCUUUCUUUUUAUCAAUGAUACU